CCGUCCUCUCCCUUCUUCUCCGCCUCCCUGCUCUCCACUAUGUGAUCUCUCGCUGGAGCGCAAGGACUACGAUUCCCGGCUUGCCAUGCGAGCAGCGCAGGCGCAGUGCUGCCGCCAGACAAGGAGGCUCCUCCCCACUCGGGAGGGCGGGGCGGGGCUUCGGCUCCCUCCCCCGUUGCCGGUCCCGGGAGGCGCCGCCGCCGCCGCUGUUGGCUUGCCGCCGCCUCCUCCUCCUCCACCUCCUCGCUCGGUCCUCUGAUCCCACCCAGCCUGCCAGCCAUGGAUUCGGACUCCUGCGCUUCCCCGCCGCCCCCCGAGGUGAGAAGAGCCCCCUUGCCCUCCCCCCCAGUGAUGGGGUACAAGGAGUCCCGCCCCCUCCCAACCCCCCUACUGCAUAUAUACCCCCCAGAACCCCCACUUUCUCCUCUCUCUCCCCCAAUCUCAGUUUCGCCCCCCCCCGCUUUCUCUUCAUCCUUCUCCAAGCCUUCUACCCGCCCCCAGCCCCAGUUCAGGACACCCCCAUCCACUGCCCCCCCUCCGCGCAGAACUGGGUCUCUCGCUUGAGGUUGGAUGUACGUGGGUGGGAGAGGGGGAAGGCGUGGCAGAGUUGAGGGGGUGUCCGGAGCUUCUUUUUUCUCCAUUUAAAUCUCACCCCCCCUUCUCCUCCAGCACACCUUUUCAAGCCUUCCUCGGCCACUGUUCUCCCCUCCCUUCUUUUAAGGGUGCGAUCCUUCUCUGGUCCUUCAUCAGCACCCUGGGGUGUGAUUGCCCCUGCCGCCCAGGGCCGGUUGCGAUCCGGCUUGCUGGGCAGCCGGUUGCCCCCUCCCCAUGCCUGACCCUCACUCCUAAUCCCAACAAAGAAGCAGGCUCCCCUCCAGAAGAAACCUCCCCGCCCCCCCUCCACCGGGCAUUGCCCACUUAUUGUGAUGGCAGGGGGUGGGGAAUGGGCAAAAGUCUGCAGUGUGGCGCGGCGCUUUAAGGGGGUGCUUGCAAAAGUGGGGAUCCCCUCCCCUGCAGCUCCUCAGCCAGUCACCCCUCCCUUUAGCAAAGUUUUUCUCAACGCCCCCCCCCGCUUUUUCGCUCUCCGAGUGGCACCUCGCUGGCCCUGCCCUCUUCGAGUCCGUGGCUGACGCCCCUAGUGGUUACGCCCGCCUCUUCCUCCCUCCUUGCAGGAUUUUUCUCCCGGAUCCAAACGAUGCCGCACGGUGGAGGACUUCAACAAGUUUUGCACAUUCGUCUUGGCCUACGCGGGGUACAUCCCCUACCCGCAAGAGGUAUGGACGUCGGAGUGCGGGGUGGAGGCUGCCUUCGGUGCAGCUGGAUAAUCGGGGCGGGAGGGGAAGGGGAAGGGGCGGGCUCUGCUUCCCAAGAUGCGGCUACGCUGCUGUGCAAGAGUAGGUGUUCUUUUCCCCCAAAGGCUUUCUGGGAUUCGGGGCCCUGGCAGACUCCGGUUCAUUGGAGGGGGGGGGAUUGUUUCCGGAGGGCAACGAUCGGGGGAGCAAGCAGUGAGUCAGGGAAAGGUAAUUUUUGUGUGUGCGAGAAUGCCUUUGCAAAUGCUGCCUGGGGAUUAGGAUGCGUUUGUGGGAUGAAGUGUCAGGAGGUGCUUUUUUCUUGUGCAGAUUGGCAGCCAUUGCCAACCUCUUGCCAGCCUUUACCAACCUCCAGAAAUUUUGGACUACUAUUCCCAUCAGCCCCCAUGGGCCAUCAUGUAGCCAUACUGAUGGGAGUUGUGGUCCGAAACCCCUGGAUAGCCCCAUGUUGGCUACACCUGCAUUGAUAAGGAAGUGGGAAAGGCUGAUCUACAGCUCUUCUGUUCUUUCCUGUCCACCCUGAAUGUCCAAACGGACCAGCUGUAGUGGCAAAAUGCAGGCAAAACAGUGGAGAUUCCUGCAUUGCAAGGGGCUGGACUAGAUGGCCCUUGGGGGGAUCCCUUCCAACUUUGCAGUUUUGUGAAAUGGUACAGGUGCAAUUUAAAACAAUUGUUUGGGUGCUGGGCCCAGUUGCACCUUCCACUUAAAAGGCAUGCAGCCUCUGUGAAACUGAUUUCUCUUUCUGCAGGAUGCUUCUGUGCGGAGCACCCCCAGCCCCCCCAACAGCACCGGGGGCACCAUCGACAGCGACAGUGGGGAUGUGGGUGAAGCGAGGCUCCCCUCUGCCCUCUCCUUGUCUGGGAAAGCACAGAAGAGCUUCAGCCAGCUGACACAUCGGAAAGCUUACACCUCCCUCUACCAGUGGGCAAAGCCACAGGGCUUCCUGCUGGGCAGGAAGAAAAUGGGGCUCAGGAGGAAGAGGAAGCUGAAGCGGAGGGAGGUGCUGGGAGGGGAGGAGUCCUAUGCGCAGGCGCCCACGAGCCCCUCUUCGGAAGGUGAUGCCCACUCCUCCACGGGCCGCUGCUCGGCAUGGGACUCAGACUCGCUCUCCAGUGCCUCGUGCCCGCCAGCGGCCCCACCAGAGGCUCAGCGCCUGGUUCAGACGGUAGGCAAGCGCACCAUCAUCCGGCAGGGGAAGCAGGUGGUGUUCCGCGACGAGGACGGCAGUGCAGAUGACGAGGACAUCAUGGUGGAUUCAGGUAUGGAGCAGAGAGGCUCUCAAACAAAGCACUGUCUUUCUGCAUCAGGCGGAAGGUUAAAAGCAGGGGAGCCAUGAAGGCUGGAUGGCAUGUGCUGACAGCUCCAGCCAAAACUUGCAGAAAACAUCUGAAGGGCACCAGGCUAGUGACUGCAAUGCUGGUGGCCCCACAUGGGAGAGCUUUCUCGGUGGUGGCUCCCUUUACGUGGAACGCUUUGAUUUGUGUUUUACUAGCAAUUGAAAACUUUUUAAAUGAGUUUUUUGAUUCUCUUGCUUUUUCAUGACCUGAUUGCAAAUACUGCCUUUUAACUACUUCAAUCAUUUGAGUUUUUAAUGGCUGGCUCACUUCCGGCUUCAUAUUUGUAAAACCACAAGGGGGUGGAGGGGGAAAGCAGGGGUAUAAUUUUAAAUAAGAAUAUAUAUUCUUAAUAUAUAUUCUAUAAUAUAUAUUCUUUAAUAUAUAUAUUAAAAGCUCAGUGUAUUAACAGUCCAUUAUUGACAGAACUCUCACCGCUAUUAAAAAAGCCAAAUUAGUAUUUAGAAAUCAUUAUUGUGGUGUGACCAGUUGAAGGCAAUGAAUUCUCUUGCUACAACAGAUGAACUCCUUGGGGAGCCUGUGGGGCCCCUGCAGUUAUUGCUGGCCUCCAUCAUCAAAGAAGCAGCAAGGGAUGAUGGGAGUUGUAGUCCAGAACAGCUGGAGAGCUGCAAAAGAGUAGCCAAGCCCUUUUCUGUGUCACCAGAGGCAAGUGUGUUGGGCUGACAAAUAAGGCUUGCUCCUUGGAGGGAGCAUCCACCUACAAACAGGCUUCCUAGGUAGAUGAAUGCGGUUGUAUUUGAGGACUGGUGGUGUAUCUGAUGAGGGUCUCUUACCUGGAACUUGUUUCUCUCUCUUCCUCCCUGCUGCACAGAUGACGAUUCCUGGGACCUUGUGACCUGUUUCUGCAUGAAACCCUUUGCCGGGCGCCCCAUGAUCGAGUGCAACGAGUGCCACACCUGGAUCCACCUCUCCUGUGCAAAGAUCCGCAAGUCCAACGUCCCAGAGAUCUACGUCUGCCAGAAGUGUCGGGACUCCAAGUUCGACAUCCGCCGCUCCAGCCGCUCCCGGAUGGGGUCACGCCGACACUUCCUGGAUUAGUGGGGUGGAAUUUUUUCCCCUAGCGCGUUUGACACAAGCAGACUUGUCAUGUGAAACAUGAGACUCUGGUUGGUGGGGGACAAACCCAGCCACAAGCAGGGAACAUCCACUCUGCGGUGAAGGAAAGCGUCUCGAGGCACCCUCAAUGGCCUAAAUCGCCACUGGAGAAGGACCCGAUUCCGUGCCCCAAAGCAGGUCGAGGAAAAAGGGCAUCAUUAGGACGAUAAGAGGAAGGGGGGGGGCCUUUCUGGUGUGCACCUCACUUUCCUUCCUUUCUGUUGUCCCAGGUAUGAAAGUAUGGCAGGAUGAACUGCCUGAUAGGUGCUGAGUGACUCCACCAUCAGGGAAGUGGAUGCAGUAGUUUGAGAGCUGGAGAUGCCAGCAGCUGUUGCACUUCCACAGCGCUGCAGCAGGAGGUCCAGGAUCUCUCUUAAGGGUUGUGUGAAAAAGGGUCGCCUUCCCCAUCCAGUGGAGAGCCAAUCCAAGGUCGCCUCAAAGUGAGACAGCCAGUGGCUGCUUUUUAAAAGCCACCUUCAGUGAAGGAAGCCAUCUGCUUGUGCAAGCAGGGAGAGGGAAGGGCAGUCAUUUCUCUCCCUUCAGAGGAUGGGCUCAAUUCCUACUCUGACGGGCUCCUCCUUCUCUCAGGUCCAGAAUGGGCUUCCUUUCACAUCGGCUGGCUCUGUGUUUGUAAAGUGGGAAGCAUGUAAAACGCUUCUUCUGAGCUGAUGGGGGUGGUAAGUCUUGGCACCUGGGGAUGCUUCUGUGCAUCCAGUACAGAAGAGUCUUGCGAGCUGGGAAAUGGGUGCAGACAUCUCAGGUUUAACAAGCCCAGUGGAUUCCUGCCACCAGAGCGCUGAUUCCUCCUUUGCAGUGACCAAACUGGCUUAUUGCACAGAUGUGAAUCCUCAAGUGGAUUCUCCCUUUGCAUCGCUCCGAGCUGUCGACAGCGAGGAAAUGUAGUUUUUGUGGGGAAGAGCAGCAGGCUCGGCGGCGUGAGCAGCACACCAAGACAGACAGCCGUCUUGCCCGAGUCUCAGCGUGGACAAGUAUUCCUUUGGGCACCUAAUGUGCGAUGACCCAGGUUCUCAUAUGGUGGACUUGUGUUACAAGUGGUAAUGGAUGGGGGAUUGAUACCCCUUAAGUCAUUUACCCAAUUGGUUUGGUAGGGUUCCCAUAGUGCAUUCUUCUGCCAUGACCGCAAAACUUUGUCCGUUUAUCAGAAGCAAAUAUGAAGAACUUGAUUCCUCUACACAGCAGGGUCUGCUUUCCCUCAGGCUCCCCUAUUUGCCAAAGACAGUUCUUCCACAGAAUGCCCCAGGCUGAUGCUGUGAUCACCUGGCAGCUUCAGCUACCAUCUUGGGUUUUUGUUUUUUAAAAAAAUGUCUGCAGAGCGAGACAAAUCAGUGUAGGACAUCUUGCGGUGGAGGAAACAACCGAGGAAGAAGUUUCCUGUUGAGCAAGCUUUCACUUGUAUUUUGGCAUUGAGCUCUAGGACCCAGUUUCAACCAUUCUGCAAUCAGGUGGUGUCUGGCAAGCCCAGUUAAUUGGAUUUUUCAGCAGAAGAAUAAACAUCUUGCAUGUCUGUGAGUUCAUCUUUGUGCAAUCUCAGUUUGAGAGCUUUAUUUUUUUUUUAUAAUUAAAAUUAUUUGUAUUAUCGGA